CCUCCCUGCCCGCCUCUUCUCGCGCUCCCCGCUGGCCGCGGCUCCCUCGCGCUCUCCCCGUCUCCUGUCCGCUCCGCCGAGCGAUGCGAGUUCUGGGCCCCGGCGACGCCGCCUCCCGCUAGAGAGCUGCACACACCCCAAUCCCCGGGCCGGCCCUCUGCCCAGCCCUGCCCCGCGCGCGGGGGUCGGAGAAGGCGCCGCGGACGCACCGACGGCCGAGGAGCGGCGAUGCACAUGCACUAGCGGCACCCCCUAACUCACUCCCUCCACACCCCGCGCCGCCGCCGCCUCCACCUUCUCCGCCUCCGCCUCCUCCUCCUCCGCCUCCGGCAGCCGCGGCAGAAGGACCCACCCUGCCCCCCACCCCACCCUCCGCCGGCUCCGGCUGCGGAUCCAGCCUCGACUCCUAUUUUAUUUAUUUUGGGUCGUGCACUAGCCUCGGUGCCUGCAACCCGCGCCUCCCGGGCCCGCGGGCGCCUCCUCUCUCGGCUCCGGAGCCCCAGACCCCGGCCACCCUCACCUCGACACCCCCAGACCCCAGCCAGCCGCCGCUAAUCUUCGCCGCUGGAAUCUUGAUAGAGGCUGUCCUUUUGGGGGGAUUCUGGUCUUUCGACAAUUUUGUUCCCAGCCAAGGAGAGGAUAUCGUGAUUUUCUCCCCUUUGAGCCCAGGCUCUGCUCUGUGGGGGGGUGGGGGGCGCGCCGACCCGGGGAGUCGUGCCAACCGAGUCGUGCGGGCUGUGGCAGGGAAGGGGCCACCAUGGGAUGUACUCUGAGCGCAGAGGAGAGAGCCGCCCUCGAGCGGAGCAAGGCGAUUGAGAAAAACCUCAAAGAAGAUGGCAUCAGCGCCGCCAAAGACGUGAAAUUACUCCUGCUGGGGGCUGGAGAAUCAGGAAAAAGCACCAUUGUGAAGCAGAUGAAGAUCAUCCAUGAAGAUGGCUUCUCUGGGGAAGACGUGAAGCAGUACAAGCCUGUUGUGUACAGCAACACCAUCCAAUCUCUGGCGGCCAUUGUCCGGGCCAUGGACACUUUGGGCGUGGAGUAUGGUGACAAGGAGAGGAAGGCGGACUCCAAGAUGGUGUGUGACGUGGUGAGUCGUAUGGAAGACACUGAACCGUUCUCUGCAGAACUUCUUUCUGCCAUGAUGCGACUCUGGGGUGACUCAGGGAUCCAGGAGUGCUUCAACCGAUCUCGGGAGUAUCAGCUCAAUGACUCUGCCAAAUACUACCUGGACAGCCUGGAUCGGAUUGGAGCCGCUGACUACCAGCCCACUGAGCAGGACAUCCUCCGAACCAGGGUCAAAACAACCGGCAUCGUAGAAACCCACUUCACCUUCAAGAACCUCCACUUCAGGCUGUUUGAUGUUGGGGGCCAGCGAUCUGAACGCAAGAAGUGGAUCCACUGCUUUGAGGAUGUCACGGCCAUCAUCUUCUGUGUCGCACUCAGCGGCUAUGACCAGGUGCUCCACGAGGACGAAACCACGAACCGCAUGCACGAAUCCCUGAAGCUCUUCGACAGCAUCUGCAACAACAAGUGGUUCACAGACACAUCUAUCAUCCUGUUUCUCAACAAGAAGGACAUAUUUGAGGAGAAGAUCAAGAAGUCCCCACUCACCAUCUGCUUUCCUGAGUACACAGGCCCCAGUGCCUUCCCAGAAGCUGUGGCUCACAUCCAAGGGCAGUAUGAGAGUAAGAAUAAAUCAGCUCACAAGGAGGUCUACAGCCAUGUCACCUGUGCCACGGACACCAACAACAUCCAAUUCGUUUUUGAUGCUGUGACAGAUGUCAUCAUCGCCAAAAACCUACGGGGCUGUGGACUCUACUGAGCCCUGGCCUCCUACCCAGUCUGCAUCUCACUCCUCCCCUGGACCCAGAGCUCUGCCACUGUUCAGAUGCCCUGUUAACUGAAGAAAACCUGGAGGCUGGCCUGGGGGGCAAGAGGAGGCAUCCUUUGAGCAUCCCCACCCUACCCAACUUCAGCCUCGUGACACAUGGGAACAGGGUUGGGCAGAGGUGUGGAGCACCACACGGCACAAGGCCAGAGACCACGGCAUGCCACCUGGGUGCUGCUCACUGGUCAGCUGUGUCUCUUACGCGGAGACCGAGUAGGCAACACUGCCAUCUGAUUCAGAAUGGGCAUGUCCUGUUCUCUGUACCUCCUAUUCAGUGUCCUGGUUUCUCUUCCACCUUUGUGAUAGGGUGGCUGGCGGGAUGGCCCCGUGGCAUGUGCUGCUCGAUUAGGGGAUAGUGGAUGGCAUCUCUCAGCAGUCCUUAGGGUCUAUUUGGUAGAGGGCAGUUCCGUCGACAAAAGCUAACAUGGAAUCAGGCCACUUUGGGGGUGCAAAGACUCAGACUUUGGGGAGGGGUUCUCUCCUCCUUCACUUUGGAUCUUGGCCCCUCUCUGGUCAUCUUCCCUUGCCCUUGGGCUCCCCAGGAUACUGAGCCCUGACUCCCAUGAGGUUGGGAAUAUUCCUUAAGACUGGCUGACUGCAAAGGUGCACCGAUGGAGAAACAUUCCUGUGCUACAGAAUUGGGGGGGGGGGGGGGGAGGGACAGCUGAGGGGGCAGGCAGCUCUCCCAAUAGUCUGAUGACAAGCCCAGAGAAUGCCAUCGCUCCACUCACAUGGGCUCAAGUGUCCUGGGUGGUAGUGACUAGACAGGCCACAGGCUGCAGGUCACAGACAGAGCAGGCAGCAGCCUUGUGACUGCAGGCUACUUAGGCAGAAGCAUAGGGGCCUCGUGAGCCAGGCCCUGAAGCCAGUGCCCUGCUCUACUCCAGCCUUGGUCAGGAAGUGGGAAGCCCUUGGUGUAUUCCUGGUCUCAGGGCAAACAAUGAGCCAACACCCUGAAGGGUGGGCUCAGGAGUGCAAACCAACUCAGACAUGCAGCCAGCCCCCUGGGUGGGUAAACGCCCUAGGAACCUAGGGCUGGCCUUUGCUGCAGAGAUCCCUAAGCAAAACGGUGUGGUGGAGCCUUGGCAACCCUAGCCCCAGCUGCCUUUGGACGGUCAGCAUAUGUCCCUGCCAUUCCUAGACAUCUCCAGUCAGCUGGUACCACAACCAGUGGUUCAGACAGGUUUGAAUGCUCGUGUAUCAGGCUGUACCGAUGCAGAUGUGCCCCCAGGCAUUCGGGAAAGGUCUGCGGGUCUCUGCCAUCCGUCCUUAAGCCCUGUAUUUUCCUGGCCUCCACUCUGAGCCCUGCUCUGUCACAGGCCAGGAGGACCCUGACCCUCUUUCAUAAGACCCCAUGACCUUGCCACCAGCUGCGGCCUUUUUGGUUCCAACAAGAACAGAACUCUGGGUAGUCUAGGGAGGCAUGGGGACCUUCCCCAGUGCCAAAUGCUUGUAGGAGUCCUCUGGGAGUUCACUCCCCAUCUGGGUGACCCCCUGGGAGCCCACCCCAGUCUUGUUGUCUCACCUUUCCCGCUCUACCCAUAGUUGUCUACAUCUCUAUAGUUUUAGGACCCUGUGCCAUGUACUAGGGUAACAGAGAACAGCCUGGAGACCACAGUCUCAGUGAUGGCCUAUUGUGAUGGUGAAGGCCAGUUCAGACCCUGGGCCAACAGCAGUUAUUUCUCAGCAGUGCCCUGAGUGACCACCUGUGUCUACAGGCUGUAACCGCAAGAUUAAAAGCACCUGCCAUCAAGGGAUGUUGGCCAAGCCCCACCUUUUAAAACCAUUUCCAGGAAGGUAGAAGUCAGCACUCCUAACAAUCCCCCUGUGGCUCCCAUUCCCCGAGUGGCCCUUCAGAUCACUGCAGCACAGUUGCCAGAGCCCUCAGCUAGAAUCAGGGCCUGUACCCAGCCUCCCCACUCCCGUCCCCAAGACUACCCUCUGCUCGACCUACUGUGUUCGGCCUAGUGUCAUGCACCACUGUCAGCCUCAGGCAGGGAGGUCUCGGGCUGUCUACUCUAAGCCUUCAAGAACAUGGUCCACAGGGAAAGCGGUCCUGUCUCCCACCCAUGUCACCAGCAGCUCUACCAUGGGGGGAACAAGCGUGAGUGACAGACAGAUCUUGGCUCCGCCGUGGCUUUGGGUAAGGGGGAAGUGUUGAAAGUGACCAGAUCAGGGGAAUGAAUGGCCCAGGUGUGCAGUGGCCAUGUCCCCCAAGGGGCCAUGCUGUAGUUUCUGAGUCGUCUAACUCAGCAGGCCAGGAGCCAGUUCCCAGGAACCGUGCCUUCCCUUCGCCAUAUUCGUGGAACCGUGCCUGUUGCCUAGGUGCCUGUGGGCAAAUCCUGUGCUCUGUGCCAGUGUCCAUUCCAAGAAUCUGCCCUUGCUGCACAGGUAGAGGCUUCUGAGCCUCUGGGCUGAGCUGUGGAGGGUGCUGGUGUGGGAAUGGGGAUGGACUCCCCCAGUCUGAGCCACUCACUAGUAGAACUGGCCUUCAGCCUUUCGCCAUCCCUUCUGUGAUGGAGCCCCUAGAUCCUCGUGCCCUGUCCCCUUGUCCCCUCUUGUACCAUGCAGAGCACCACCAUCACCCAAGCCUUGCAGCACAGGCCCACUCCCUGCUGUUGGGAACUGGAGGCAUCUGACCUGUGCGGUCUGUACUGGAGGUCACUGAGGGCCCUGUUCAACCCCAUACCCAGGCUGUCUCUCCACAGGGAAGGUUGACAGUGCUUCACCCCAGCCCUUGCCCUCUGCAGAAAGCACUGCUGCGAGAGAUGUGCCCGUGGUUCCCACGGACUACAUGCUACAGCCAGGGACCUGAGGGCAGGGUUCACCUCACUCUCCUCCUGACCCUCUCCCCAUCUCCAUCUGACCCAGCCUCUUGACACAGAGAGCCAGCACACCCAGGAGAGACUCAUGAACCCUCCUGACCCAGUAGUAGCCUGUCACCUUCUUCUGAAGAUCCUGGGGUCACGAAGCAUCUUCUAACUGCCACCCCUUUUUCCUGGGCCUCCUGGUAAGCUCCAGGUAUCACCCUACAGCUCUGAGAAAUCCAGCCCUGAGGCUCCACCUCCAUUGUAACUGAGCUUCCGGAGGCCAGCCCCUCCCAGGCUGCUGAGCCCAUCAGGCUACAAACUAAAGAAAGAAAGCUCCAGCAUCCCAAAGAACAGGGCUAGGGGUGUAAGCAGGCUUCCCCACACCCCACCACUCAGGAGAGCCUUGUGCUCAUCUGCUUAAAGAGUGGAGCUCAGGCUCACAGACGCCACCCCAUGCCAGAUGAUGGCCAUGUCAAGGAGGGAACAGGUGGAAGAAAGCCAGAAAUAAUGGCCCCUGUCCAAAGUCCUGGGCCCUCUAGGCAGAGUGCGGUACCCUAUGACAGGCAGUUUUCUUCUCUUCCCCAGGCACAAAAGGCCACCAGCAGAAACAGUACCCUUCCCAGCAGCCCCCUGGCCCUCCCCUCCCCUCCCCUUAGCCUCCUGCACCAGCCACAGUUGCCUGCACAGCAUGGACAGCAGCCCCCAAUUCCUGGUGUUCUCCCUGACUUCUGACUUGACCCCUGUGGCUGAUGUGCACACACCCUUCAAGUCCCAGGCCAGAGGCCGGGCACCCCACGUUCCCCUUAGCAGAGCCUUCUUAGGUGCACCGGCCCCACCUCUUGACCCAUCGCUAUCACCUACCCUCAUUAACUGUAAUUUUGUAAGAAGAGUGACUUGCUGGUUAAUAAAUACCUAGUUAUUGUAAUAAUUUAUUGGCUGCCAUAAUGUAUUUAUUAGUCACCCACCAUUAAUAAAAAAGUGCCAGCUCUUUCUAGCAUGAGUGUGAUGUGUUGUGUCAGUGCCAGAUAAGCCCACAUGACAG